UAGUUUAGCUAUACUCAUAUCCCCCAAAACUUCCCCAGCAGAACUCUUCUCUUUUCUCUGUGCUUAGAAUUAGAAUAUCUUUUGUUCCAAAAUGCAAAUACUGGAUAAGAUAAAAAUGCAAAGAAAAGAAGCAGAUGACAGGCCACCUCAGGUGCCAAUUUCUUGGAUUGAAAUAUCUAAUUCAGUUUCUUGUCAAUACCUAUUUGAAACUGAUGGUAAGCUAUCGGUCAAGAUGGUUGAUGACUCUAGACCAGCUGCACAGAGAAUAGUUGAACCCUUUCUGAAUAAAUUUUUCCCAUCUGGCUAUCCAUAUAGUGUGAAUGAGGGGUAUCUGAGAUACACACAAUUUCGAGCACUCCAACACUUCACGAGUGCAGCAUUGUCGGUUUUGUCGACUCAGUCACUGCUAUUUGCUGCAGGCUUGCGUCCUACCCCUGCUCAGGCAACUGCAGUGAGUUGGAUAUUGAGAGAUGGUAUGCAACAUGUCGGAAAGCUCAUAUGUAGCAACUUAGGUGCAAGGAUGGAUUCUGAGCCUAAACGUUGGAGAAUUUUAGCUGAUGUUCUGUAUGACAUGGGGACUGGUUUAGAAGUUUUGUCUCCUUUAUGCCCGCAUUUGUUUCUUGAAGUAGCUGGCCUUGGCAAUUUCGCAAAGGGAAUGGCGGUUGUUGCAGCUAGAGCAACAAGAUUGCCAAUAUAUUCUUCAUUUGCCAAAGAAGGCAAUCUUAGUGAUCUGUUUGCUAAAGGCGAGGCUAUUUCCACUGUUUUUAAUGUUCUAGGGCUUGGAACAGGAAUUCACUUAGCAUCCACUAUUUGUUCAUCAAUGCAGGGAAAGUUGGUUGUUGCCCCGCUGCUGUCUGUUAUACACGUUUACAGUGUCGUUGAAGAAAUGCGAGCUGCUCCCGUCAACACAUUAAAUCCGCAGAGAACUGCAAUGAUCGUGGCUGACUUUGUGAAGACUGGAAAAAUCUCAAGUCCUGCUGACCUAAGAUAUCGAGAAGAUCUCUUAUUUCCCGGAAGGCUGAUAGAGGAUGCUGGAAAGGUAAAGGUGGGAAGGUCUCUGCAUGAAGUAGUCAGGCCUUCAAAGCUGCAACAAUUUAAAGAAACAUUUCCAGAGGAGAAGUUCAUUUUAAACCAUGGAAGUAGAUGGACUGAUAUGAUACUGGAACACAAUGCAACCGGUGAAGAUGCAUUGAGGGGUUGGCUGGUUGCUGCUUAUGCUUCAGAUAUGGAACGAUUGGUUCAUGAACCAAGUGCGAAUAUCUUGCUAGAGGCUUAUGACAAGAUGAAUGGUUCAUUCUCCCCGUUUUUAGCUGAGUUGCAGGCCAAAGGGUGGCAUACAGAUCGGUUUCUUGAUGGUACUGGAAAUCGUUUUGCAUUUUAGUUCUUUAAGAUAUCGAAUUCUUUGUACUUUGUUAUCCUUCCCCUUCAGUAGAUUACACAGGAUACAUGUAGGAGUAGGACAAAAACCUUUCAUCCUCAACAGGUACUUUUUGAGAAUAGCAAUUCCACCCUAUACAAAACUAGGAGGAGGUUGAUUGAAGAUGGGCAAGGUGUCUCCCUCACUUUGUUAAUGAGAUGUCACAUAAUUGGUUUAAGAUCCUGAAAGAUGUUUCGAUGGUUUUUAUUGAAGAUAUUUCAUGUUCAUUGCAUUCUGUUUGA